AUGAAGAUAUCCUUUUCGUUUACUUCGCUGCUGGCACUCUCUUCUCUGGCUACAGGCUCUCUUGCCAACACCUUCCGGUCUGCCAAGUGGGCUGCAAUCCCUCCCGACUACAACACUGACACUGCCUCCAUGUACGAAUCCCAGGCUGCGCCUAUCACUGGCAAUAUGACCAGUUUCUGGAACAACGACAAGAACCUGAUCUUGCCAGCCAUCAACAGCAACGGGGGUGUCGGCAAACCGGCAAAUAUUGAUUCACAAGUGUUCCUGGCUGCGCUACAUGCUUCCUUGGGUGAUGGAUUCUACACUGUCGACUCUGACCAGAUGCUAGCUUCAGUUGUCGCCAAGACUAACGCGUUCAAGCCGCUGUACCCGAUCAACGCUGAUACGGAGGCGACAGUCAACUCUGCCACAAUGCCAAUUGCUACCUGGUCCACAGCCGACAAGGUUACCGUCACCAAGGCGACAGGGACAUUCUUCAAUCAGAUGAAGGAAUUGUAUGGAAUCGGGUUUACCAAUGUGUACGAGGUUGGUGCCACGUAUACCAGUGACUCUGACACAUUUGGUGAGUUCCUGGCCAACACCAUGCUGUCAGGCGACCGUUAUAUGGCACGUGUUGCCCACCAUACGGAUGCAUCGGGAUCGAUGACCGAGCAAUGGCUGCGCGGCGAGGGGACCCCAACUGGCGCUCCAAAUCUGACCUGGCCGUUCGAGGUACACACUUCCGCAGCACGUCACCGUGCAGCUGCAUCGCGGAUUGUGUAUGGCAACUAA